AUCACGGCAAGCCAACAUUCCUCACAGGAGGGAUAGACAUGGGCCACUAACAUCCGCAAAGAUGGAUUCUUAAGUGGAUGGGUUUAUAAGCUGUGCCGGCGCAGGCCAAUGUCUGCCUGCUGCCUGCUGUCUCCUUCCUCGCCAUUGCGCGUUGUCUCGUCUGCAAGAGCAGAGCCGUUCUUUCCUGCGGCAGAGUCUCACAAACUACCCCGCCAUCUGCUGCUCAACGAGGCAUCUCGCCUGAGGUUCUCUCUUGCUCCUCCCUCCUUCUUGCCUCUGCGCUUCGCCCGUCAUGGCGCCGCGCCUCGUGAUCCCCGUCGACAAGAAUUGGGAGUUUAGACAGGCGGACAAGGAGGGUGCGCAGUUCCUGCCGGUCAGCCAGUUCCCGACCAAUGUCCACCUCGACCUGCAGCACCACGGCCUGAUUCCGGACCCCUUCGUCGGCAAGAACGAGCUCGCCGUGCAGUGGGUGGGUGAGGCGCAAUGGACCUACAGGACUACCUUCGCUUCCCCGGCAGUGCCUGCAGGCGCCAAGGCUGUGCUCGCCUUCGAUGGCCUCGACACCUUCGCGACGGUCCUGCUCAACGGCACCACCGUCCUCAAGACGGAUAACAUGUUCACCCCGGAGCGGGUCGACGUGACCUCGGUCUUGAAGGAGGAGAACGAGUUGGUCAUCACCUUCGACAGCGCAUUCCUGCGGGGUUGCAAGUUGGUUGAGGAGCAUCCGGACCACAAGUGGGGCUGCUGGAAUGGCGACACGUCGCGGCUAGCCGUCCGGAAAGCGCAGUAUCACUGGGGCUGGGAUUGGGGCCCGACCCUCCUGACCUGCGGCCCUUGGCGCCCCAUCCACCUCGAGAUCUAUGAGUCCCGCUUGACGGACCUCUAUGCCGAAACUAUCGUCGACAAGUCCCUGGUCCGGGCCAAUGUCACGGUGACGGCAACGGUCGAGGGAAGGGCGGACAAGGUGAGGUUCGACGUAUCGCUGGAUGGCCAGCCGGUCGCCUCCGAGACCACCGAUGCCAGCUCCGGCACGGCCGCCGUGUCGUUCCUCAUCGACAACCCGGCGCUGUGGUACCCCAUCCGCUACGGCAAGCAGCCCCUCUACACCAUCAGGGCGACCCUGCUCAGCGGCGAGGAGGAGGCGGACACUACGUCCAAGCGGAUCGGCCUCCGAAGGGCCGAACUGAUCCAGCGCCCCCUGAAGGAGCAACCGGGCACGAGCUUUUUCUUCGAAAUCAACAACGUCCCCGUCUUCUGCGGUGGCAGCGACUGGAUUCCGGCGGACAACUUCAUCCCUCGCAUCAGCCGGGAGAAGUACUAUGACUGGGUCAAGCUCGUGGCCGACGGCAACCAGUUCAUGAUCCGCGUGUGGGGUGGCGGCAUCUACGAGGAGCAGGCCUUCUACGACGCUUGCGACGAACUCGGCAUCCUCGUCUGGCAGGACUUCAUGUUUGGCUGCGGCAACUACCCCGCGUGGCCGGAGCUGCUGCAGUCGAUCGACCGGGAGGCGCGAGAGAACGUGAAGCGGCUCCGCCACCACCCGUCCAUCGUGAUCUGGGCAGGCAAUAACGAGGACUACCAGUACCAGGAAUCGGAGGGUCUCACAUACGACUACGCCAACAAGGACGCCGAGAGCUGGCUCAAGACUGACUUCCCGGCCCGCUACAUCUACGAGAAGGUGCUCCCGGAGGCCUGUGCCGAGCUCACCCCCAACACCUUUUACCACCCCGGCUCCCCUUGGGGCGCGGGCCGCAACACGCGCGACGCCACGGUCGGCGACAUUCACCAGUGGAACGUGUGGCACGGCACACAGGAGAAGUGGCAGAACUUCGACAAGCUCGUCGGCCGCUUUGUGUCCGAGUUUGGCAUGCAGGCCUUCCCGUCCGUCAAGACGAUCGACGCCUACCUGCCGCUCGGCAAGGACGACCCCGACCGGUACCCGCAGUCGUCGACCGUCGACUUCCACAACAAGGCCGAGGGCCACGAGCGGCGCAUCGCCCUCUACCUCGCCGAGAACCUGCGCUACGCGCCGGACCCGCUUGAGCACUUCGUCUACAGCACGCAGCUCAUGCAGGCCGAGUGCCUCGCCUCGGCCUACCGGCUCUGGAAGCGCGAGUGGCGCGGCCCCGGCCGCGAGUACUGCGGCGGCGCGCUCGUGUGGCAGAUCAACGACUGCUGGCCGGUGACGAGCUGGAGCAUCGCCGACUACUACCUCCGCCCGAAGCUGGCCUACUUCACCGUCAAGCGCGAGAUGGCGCCCGUGAGCAUCGGCAUCACCCGCCGGACACACCUGCACCCGCGCGACAAGUACACGCGCGUCAACAUCGACGUCAAGACGCAGAUCGAGGUGUGGGGCAGCAACCUGACGCUGGAGGACCUGACGGUCGACUGCGUGCUCAAGGCGUGGGACGUGGAAACGGGCGAGGAGACCUUCUCGCAGACCCUCGCGGCCGGCAAGCUGCUCCCGGAGAACAGGUCGACCGAGAUCGCUGCGCUGGACGUGCCCGUCCGGAAGCGGAACGUCGGCGAGGAGAGCCGCAUCGUCGUGGCCGCGUACCUGAUCCGGGAGGGCAAGCAGAUCGCGCGCUACGUCAACUGGCCCGAGCCGCUCAAGUAUGUCCACCUGCAGAAGCCGAAGGCGCUCAAGGCGCAGCUCACGGCGGACCACGCGGCGGUGGAGAUCAGCGCCGAGGUACCGGUCAAAGGCGUCGCGCUCGAGUGCGAGGACGACGGCGUCAAGUUUGACGAUAACCUGGUGGACAUUGUGCCGGGCGAGGUAGUGACCAUCGGGGUCAGUGGCGCGAGCGCGGAGACCAGGAUCGAGACGCGGUAUCUGGGCAUGCUCUAGACAGAUUUCAAGUCAUUUCUCCCCCAUUUCUUCCCCAUGUAGAGAUUUUCCAUAUACAAUGAAGACUCCGAUAGAUUCAUGACAUGACCAAAAGAACAUUAGUACGAUGAU